CACGUGUUUGUUUGGGGUAUUAAAAGAGAGAAGCAGCGUGCGCAUGCAAUCUUAACAAGAAAACAAUACACUUCCUCCUCAAAAUUGUCACACAACAGACGGCAACAUCUAUUUUGGUGAUCCACCCAAAAACUCGAACAUCAUUGUGGUUUUUGUAGGCAUUAAUUUCAGUUGAAGCAAGAUGGGAGGUGGAAAAGACAAAAAUAAUGAUACUACUGACAGAGGGCUACUCUCAAGUCUUGCUGGAUUUGCUGCUGGACACAAGCCGCGCCCUGGAUCACAUUCUCAUCAAGGACAAGGAUAUCCCCCACAAGGAUAUGCACCACCCGGGUACCCUCCUUCUGGCGGGUAUCCUCCCUCUGGCGGGUAUCCUCCCUCUGGCGGGUAUCCUCCCUCUGACGGUUACCCUCCCUCUGGUGGAUACCCUCCUUCAGAUGGCUACCCUCCUCAAAGUGGGUAUCCCCCAUCUGGAAAUCCUCCUCCUAUGGGAUAUCCACCAGCCGGCUAUCCUGCCCCUAGUGGAUAUCCACCAGCCAGCUAUCCUGCCCCUAGUGGAUAUCCACCAGCCGGCUAUCCUGCCCCUAACGGAUAUCCACCAGCUGGUUAUCCAGGUCCAUCAGCUCCACAUAAAUCAGGGCAUGGAUCUGGUAUGGGAAUGGGAGCUAUGUUAGCCGGCGGUGCUGCUGCGGCCGCUGCAGGUUAUGGGGUUCACCAUCUUGUGCACGGUAGUAGCCAUGGAAGUGGUUCCCAUGGCUUUGGUUUUGGGGGUCACCAUGGCUUUGGUCAUGGAAAAUUUGGAAAGCAUCAUGGGGGGAAGUUCAAGCAUGGGAAAUUUGGAAAGCAUCAUGGGGGAAAGUUCAAGAAAUGGAAGUGAUUUGCAUCGAGAUCCAAUGUUACUUCCAUUGAUUCCCUUACACUAUAAUUGGCGUUUCUAUCGUCAGUUCCAUCAGGAUUCUGUGAUUUUUUUUCAUGUCUUUUCAAAACCUACAUGAUAAAUAUUUCAUUUCUAGUUCUUAAUUUUCCUACGAUGUAAAUAUGUUCUGUUCUUUAACCAAUAUGAAAGUUGUUUCUUUAAUCUUCUUGUUUGAUGGUAUUACGAGCUUAUUCUU